GCCAACCAACCAGCUUUUGUGUAUGCACGAACGCAUCAGCAGGCCGCAGUGAAUAACGAGGUCAUCCAGCACGGGUUUCAUUACGACGUGCGGACAGCCUGUACUGCCUCGCCGUAGCGACACGCGCUCACCGUCCCUUUGCUAAAUGUUCUAUGCACAGAUCGUUGACAUCGGAAAUUUACUAAUUGGAAAAACACACACACUUCAGUUGUGCUGCACGGAGAGCGGGCUGCACAACUGCGGGGAACUCGAGCGUUAGUGCACAGUGGAAUAUAUCAUGAUCGACAGGCGGGAAUACGACUGAUAAAAGAGGGGGGGAAAUGCAAAAUCGGCUGGGAGCGCACACGUGCGGACACUUGGUGAGUUCCCACUUUACCUAAGCAGGCUGGACGCGUUGUUUACUGAGUUCUGUCGCCUGUCACUUCAGGGCCGAUAAGGGAUCGGGACGGGGAGGAUGCAUCCGCCUCAGACAUUCACGCCGAAAUGAUUCGUGUCACGCGAGUUCGGAGUGGAAUCGCCGUCAAAUUAACGGCCGAUGCCCUGGCAAAACUGCGACAACGUCCAAUCUGAUUGUUCAGCUCUGUACAGAGGCAUGCCAUCAGGCAGUACAAGGAUUUUCUAAUACUCGGUGAGCUUGCGUUUCGUGGGUGCAGAGACAGAAAAAGAGUCUGAGCGAUAUACACGCCGGAGGAAUGCCCUCCGUACGGCUUGGUUCUGUCGUUGUGCCGGCACGACCGCGCCAUUCUAUACACCUACCGCCCCGAGUCAGGAUUUCACAAAUAGCAUAAUAUCCCCGAAUCAACGUGCAUUUAUGCAGGUAGGUCGAGGCAGCGAGAGAGAAAAACAGACACAGAGAGGGAAAAAAGCUGGGUUGGUACGAGUGCAAUGUACUGCUGUCCCGCUAUACGGCUCUCCAGCUCAGGCUUUGCAUCAUUAUCAUCAUCAUGAAUGUCGCUCGUGUGCCAUGAAUACUACAUGUUGUGAGCUAUGCGGAGGACAGGCGAGAGCGAGCGAGCCACGGUGAAUUUAGUCCACGCAACACGUCCGCACGCAGGGAAAACACGACACGGGGUCUACGACGUCGAGCACUGGUCAGAGGCAAAUACGAGAAAGAACUGGGUAUAUCAUCUUCAGCUGAAUUUGGAAUAAUAAGCUGUCGCUGGUUCCCCCUCUGUGGAUGGUCGCCCUUGUCUUCCCAGUGGAGUUACCAGCUAUCGGGGGUAGCAUGAAGCCUGGUCACAUCUGAGUGUGAAGAGGGAAUUAGGGGGUCCGUGAGGAUUUGUGACAAAAUGUCGCCUCACGCUUCCCUCACCGUGCUCGUGUGUGUUUACUUGCUUGUCUUAUGUCAUCACGGGAGUUUUGCCGGAGAUCAUCACAGUGAAUACCGUAGCGGGUUAGCAAAAGUCAUCCCUGGACCGAAACGUAUUGUGGCACUAAAUAAAAAGACCCAAGACGGUGCUGUAGAUGCGGACCGAGCAGGAAUUACACACAGAGAACAAGGGAGAUACGACUUACUGAAAAAGAACACACGAAUAUGGGCAAAAGGUCACCCUGUUUUGUUAAGCAAUCAGCAACGGGUGGAUUAUUCGAGCAAGAACGAUGUCUCUAGUCAAAGUGGAAGUUACUUUGGCUUAGACGUCGACGGGAGGACUCCAGUAAGUCCCCAGGAUGUCCAAUCCUCACAUAGAGCGAGACGAACAUCGACGAAGGAUGGAAGUGUUGGUCCGAGUGGGCCUAAGAGAGGGCCCAGUCAAACACAGCAGGCGCUUUUGCUGUUUUUAAACCUUGUGAAAAAUAACGGCUUGCAUGGUUCGGCAAGCAAACUCUGCCAGGAGGGAAGUGUGGCAGCCAUGGCAGCCUCUGAUAUUGGAUUAAAUCUAACGAGCGAUUUUUACAGUUCGUUCAGCAGCAAUUCAACAGCGGCCGUCUACACCGCCAAUCUCCUCAGCAGCAUCUACUCAAGGCUGAGGUCGAACUCCAGUGUGUUUUACAACGCCAAUUAUCUGUUUGCUUCCGUCAGGAAUAACGUGGAGAAUUACCCUUCAGUGUCUGGGUCAUGUGUGGCCUUCGACGGCUACAAGUUUUCCGACAACACGCAGCUGUACUCCCCGUGUGUCCAGGUCGACGACACCGGCGCUCUUGUCGAACAUGACCUGGGGAAAAUAUACGACUACACUGCUCCCAGUUCCGCCCAUUACACGGAGUGGUUCACAAGAUUUAAGAGCCCCUUGGUGCAGCCACCGGAGAUCCGGUGGGGUAGCCUUAUACCUCGGCUGAAUGCAACCACAAAUGGUAGUCCCACGAACACAUCCUAUGCGUUUGUUGGAGAAAAUGAUGGUUCGUGGGGGCCACCGUACUUAGACUGCAACAGGACCGACCGAUGGCUGGUCACCUACUCGGUUCCGUUCUUCGAUCACAAUUUAAGUUUCAUGGGCGUGGCCACAGUAGAUGUUGAUGUUAGAUCGAUCGACAUCAACCAAUGCGAUGAUGGAGAUGGAGUCUACGCCGGGACACAUAGAUGCAGCAACACGACCAAGUGCGUGCACAUCCCUGGUAUGGGAUUUCAGAGUGGAACCUACAUGUGCGUCUGUCGCGACAGUUUCUACUUCCCGGAUAAGAGCCAGUCAAGGGACCACUUCCAAGGCACCGACGUGGAACGGGAGUACCACCUGAUGCAAAUGGGCCAGCCCAACAUGUACGAGGAGGGCUUCGCCUGUCUGCCGUGUCGAGAGGGCUGCGAGACAUGCAUGGAUGACUCGCCCUGCUUCCUGGAGAACGACAUCCUGCUGCGGAUACUCAUACUGUCCGUCCAGGGCAUCUGCAUCUUCCUGACGGGGGUGCUGGCAGCGGUGGUCUUCAAGUACAAAAACCUCAAGGUGAUAAACUGUGAUAGUCCGUGGAUGCUGGUGGUGGUGCUCCUGGGGGCAUUCCUACUGUACUCCGAGCUGGCCGCUAUGUUCUUCCAUCCCUCAAUCCUGGUGUGUUUCAUGCAGCGCUGGCUGCGCGGCUGGGGGUUCGCCAUAGCCUAUGGCAUGCUGGUCCUGAAAAUAUACAGAAAGCUUGCCAUCUUCCAAACUCGGUCAGCCACACGGGUCCUGGUCCGUGACCGCGACGUCCUGAAGUGGCUGUUCCUUAUAGUCAUUGUGCUGACCGGCUAUCUGGCGGCCUGGACAACUUUCUCCGUGCAGAGUGUGAAGAACUGCAAUGUGGACAUUGUGACCAUUGGCUUGACGGAUUCCGGCAUGAAGUUCAGCAUAUGUAUGAUGGAGUGGUGGGAUUAUGUUGUUGAAAUAAUUGAGAUUCUGUUUCUGCUGUUUGGAAUCUACCUUUGCUACUCAGUUCGUGCAGCCCCAAGUGAAUUUCACGAGACUCGCUACAUCAGCAUAGCCAUUUAUAACGAGACAAUCUUCUGCACAUUUCUUUACAUUACUAGACAUAUCAUAUGGGGCAAGGUUGCUCCCGACUGGAUUUAUCUGAUGUACUUCCUAAGGUCUCAACUCACAACUACUGUAAUGUUAGCACUCAUCUUUAUUCCAAAGAUCAAAGUCAUACACAAGCUUCUGCAUGACGAGUCCUUUCGAGAGCGUGUGAACUCACGGGUGGUGUACGAUGGCAAGUGGCACAACUCAUUCCAUCGACCAAACUCCAGCUCCUCCAACAUCAACAAUGACCACAACUUCAGUCCUGAAGAUGUCAGGGAAGAGCUCAAGCGACUCUACACGCAGCUUGAGGUCUACAAGACAAAGUCGUUACGUAUCGACAACCCGCACCUGCCGUCCAAGAAAAAGAGCAACGUCUCCAAGUGGAGGGCCCCGCGCCGUUUCUCUCGCGGUUACAGCCUGCGCACCCACAGCGGCCACUCAGAGAGCGAGCGGUCAUCCGAGAUUGCCCGCAGCAAUGAGAGCCUGGGCAAAGCAGUGGAGUUGCAUGACUACCGGGCAAACCACGUGGACCCGUCCGACCAGUCCCACUGCAGCAGCCAAAAGUGGCUUUGCCAGCAAUGACAGGAACUCAAGGUGUGAAGGUGUAGAGAUCUCACAGAAGACAGACAUCUGUGUGUACAUAAUAAAUGGGGUAUCUUAACUCCCAGAUUCUGUUUUAGUUUUUCCCAGAGUAUUUGUAUUAACCCAAACCUUUGGAACACAUGCUCAGUCCAACAAGAUCCUGUGUAAUUUAUACUGCAUAUAGAAGGUUAGGGUAAAAAUUUCAGUGGUUUCUUGUUCCAGAACCAUGUUUACGAACCUUGUUCCUGUUCCUUGUGCCAGAACCUGCAUUAAAAAGUUCUCAUUGGAUUUAUACAUGUAAUUAAUUGCAGGAAAAAAGGCUACAUUAAGCAUUAACACACAUGUCAGUCAUUUACAAAUGUUUAAGGAAGAAAACAUCUACAAAACAGUAAAAGCAGCAUUUAAAAAUUUAAGAGCCUGGAUGUUUAGUUUGAACGCCUUCCAAAAUCACAAGUACAGAACAAGCAAAAUUCGAAUUAGCUUUAAUUAAUUUCUUAAAUUUUCUGCAUUUUAAAAGGGCCCUCUUCUUCUCCAGUGAAUGAAAAUUAUGUGACAUUCAUUUCAGGAUUAAAUGCAUUGAAAAGUGUUCGCAUUUAGACCUUCAAACAGCAAAAUCUAUGAAUAGGCAUUUUCUUUUGCACAAACCGAUGUAACCUUUCAGUUUUCUUCCUCGAAUGACAUCAGAGCUUUGCUCAUGAAUAUGGAAUUACUCACCAGCAUAAAAACCAAAGAGGUAACAGAAUGCCCUUUAAAAUAGUGAAUUAAAAAAUUUAUGUCAAAAUAAUACCUGGCCAUUGAUAUUAAUCCUGUUAAUUGCCAGCAGUACAGUCGAUGCGCAUGAUGACCAGUUUGCCAUACAGGUAUGUACAUGUACACGUAGGUAGAGUCAACAUAUGUGCUCAUACAUAUGUAUGUUUACAUCCGUACCAGUCAGCAGGUGGUACACGUAGGUACUGCCAUUAAAAUUGUUUACAAGGAAUCAGCAUUCAAGCUGCUGGUAGUGUUUAUAAUGCUUUGAGCCCUGAUAAAAGGCAGACAUGUACUUGUUGAAAUAAGUUUUGCACCCAUUAUUGUAUUACCGUAGCAUAUCAUCCAUACUGUACAUGUGCAUGUACAAGACUCCAGUACCUUCAAUUUUUUUUUCUGGCAUAGAGCCUACAGGUGCACCGUACAUGUAUAUAAAAUAGAUGGAGUUACUGAAUUAAAAAUAUCACCAUUACCACACAGUAGACUUUCAUUAAUACAAAAUGUACGAAUCAAAAACAAAGACAUAAAUUCUACAAACACAACAGACCAGAGGACAGACUUUGAUUGUGUGUUCAUGCAGAUGGAUCAUGUUGGGCGAACAUAAUGUGGUCAUUGCAUUUAAAUACAUGUACAUGUAAGUACACAUACAUGUACAUGUACAGAUGUACCGGUACCUUUCCAAGAUAAAAAAGUAAAGGACUCAUUGCUUUUGAAACAGGUACAUCUGAUUCUACUCCAGGUCUCCAAGUAAUGCAUGAACAUAUCAAUAAGUGACUAUGGUAAAUGUCAGUGAAAGUGCUACUGUCAGGAAAACUGUUUGAAAUACAUACAUGUACAUGUACAUGUACAUGUACGUACAGUACAAGAACCUCCCACACAUUACCAUUGGCAUUAGCUUAUUUAGGGUUGAAAUUGCUGAAAUGAAAUUUCUGACUCAAACAUUUAUCUAAAUCAAGGCUGAGUUGGGAAACCAGAGCACUACAAUCAUGGGCAUCACAUGGUGGGACGGGGGAAGGGGGUGCUUGCCCAACCUUCACCUGAAAUUGCAAACAAAAAUUGAAAAAUAAUAAAGAGCAAAAAGGGGGGGAGCAAAAGAAAUUCAGAAAUAAAAGAUGAACGCGGUUGAAAAUUUAUCAUUUGCUUGGAAAAAAACCCCCCAAAACUAAAAACCACUAAAACUUGACCCCCUUUUACUGUUGAUAGUUUAUGAGAUUGUUGCCGAUGAGUGUCCCCCAAGAAAGAGUGCCUGGCCCUCUGGAAUAUAUAUAGACACCCAUGACUCCAGCACGAUGAGCACAUGUAAUUGUAAAUGUACAUGUACAUGUAGGUGUGGGUGACACCCAUUACUCCAGUACGAUGGGCACAUGUAAUUGUACAUGUAGGUGUGCCAUUUUCAUUCUACUCAUUUAUUGAAAUGUUUGGAUUACUUGGCCAUCCGUGACAUCUAACCUUGCAUGCGUGAAGCAAGCCGCAGAGGUUAAUUACUCGUUUCAUUGAAACAUCAAUUACAAUCGUACCUGAAACCUUUCACAGUUGAGGAGUUUAUCAGGGCUGUUAAUGACACGGAGCACCACAGCUUGUAUUAAAACAACAUUUUUGAAAUUGAACAUGGGGCUGACGGAUAGAAUAAAUUAAAAUCAGAAAACAAUUUAAAAAUUCUCGCUAAAAAGUCUCCUCCUGACUAAAGAGAUUCUAUUAUACAAGCUUCUCUCUGUGUUGUGCAAGUUACACGUACAUAUCAAUUUUGGAUUUUAGUCUCAGUUAUUAACUCAUUACAUUAAUUUAUUCAACAAAUAUUGACACCGAUCAUUGGUGGCAAACAACAGAUACAUGUACACAUGCAUCAUGGGUAGAUUACAUGUAUGCGGGAAUUGUAUAUUUUCCAUUUCGGUUUGGAGGAUGAAAUCAUUUGAAUCAGCAAUCACAAAGUACCAGUAUAUUGCAGUGGUUUUUUCCCAUACAAAGGUGACAAAACUUAUAUAAUAUUUUUCAGUAAUAAAUGAUAUGAGAGUUAAUUACUUGUAGUAUACUGUAGCCUUGACAUUCUUGACAGUUUUCUCUGCAUCAAGACCUCAGUCUUUUAGCCUCGGUGCACCCGAAUCUUCUUACUCAGACUGUAUAAAUGUACAUUAAUUGCUACACAUUACUGGGUAAUGGUGUGCAAUUCCUUCAUAUGUAGAUACUGGGGUAUAUAAGAACGAAGUUGAUUUUCAAGGGUUUUAUUUUAUUGACAUUGAUUUUUUGGGGGAGGUUCUCUGUAUUAUACAUGUAGUUUGAUUAAAAAUUAUGAUUCAAUGUUUGUUUUAGCAAAAAUAUUUUUGGGUGAUAUUCUUAGAUUGUAUUAAGAUUUUACUCUUUUACUUGAAUAUUAAAUGGUAUAGGUAACCUUACAAUUUAUUUUCACUUCUUAUUAAUACUUGAGAGUACAAUUGUUCAUUAAUAUAGAAAUCUGACAGCAAGGUUUCAAUAAAGGUGUAAGUAAAAUAAGUUUGAUACAGAGGAGUGCUGUGACAAGUGUAAAUAUUAUGAAUAAUACAAAUGCAUGUGUGAUAAUAUAAUCCAUGUAUAUUAUGCAAGACAUACUGUUCAAAAGCUGUGUAUUUUUGGGAAAAGAUUUCACUUUAAUAAUGUUAGGCUAGAUUUGUAUGCGAUGUAUGUGGGAAAUGCGGAAUGCAGCCCUAGGGCUGAAACUCAGAUUGGACACAUGCAGCACUACGCACGCAUAUCUCCACGUAGUUUGCUUAUUUUGUUGUGUUAUUCUUUGCAGCACAAAAAAAUGUCAUAAAGUUUGACGUGUCCGACAAUGGGGACAAUUUUUUACAAAGAAAUUAUUACUUUGCAUUAAUUAAACAAAUCUCUUUUUAGAUGAGAUCUACCGGUACAUGUAGAUGUUUGAUUCCGACUGAUUAAAUGUUACCAUGCAAAACUGGGACUGAGUAGGAUUCUAAUGGGACAAUCCACGUUUUUGAAAAAUCACUUCCACUUCUACAAAAAAUCCCAUGCAAAAGGAAGACUUCUGUAUAAUGCUUCAUCACAAUGAAAUCAUAAAUGAUUGUGAAAUAUGCAACGGGUGUUGUGGCUGUCAAAAGUUCACUUCACCAGUGCAGGUGUCAUUCUACACAGUGUGUACGUAUACAUGUACAUCCACUCAUAUUUGUCUUGGCUGAGUUUACUGAACACAAGAGCACCUACGCAUCAAUGUGUAACCAAAUUUCAUCCGUGUGCAGACAUGUAACACACCGAAUGCGCUUGCCCUCCCAACACAUGGAGCAUACACUGUAUGCCCGGUUUGCCAAUAUUCAUUUGAGUGCUUGGACAGACACCGUAACUAAUGCACAGAUACAUAUACUUGGAAACACAAUGGAACAAGUGCAAUUCUCUCUGGCAACCAUGAGGCUAGAAGUGUUAAAGCACAAGGUAAAAUCUCUCAAUAAAUACAGAUAUUCUUUGCCAAAGUCAAAGUUUCAACAUCUUUUCAAACACUUCCAUACAUGGAGGUCCUCAAAUAAAUUUGAUUUUUUAAUUAAUAUUCCACAUACAAUGUGUGUAUGCUCUAAAGCCCAUCCUCUAUCUUCUAUACAAUGUUCACCACUUCAUUACAAUCAUUGCUUACUGAUGUAAAAAGUAAAUGCACAGGUUAAACUCUAGACAAUGUUAAAUGCAUGUACAUGUAUGAGUCCUAUGCCCUAGGGUUGAAGUUGCACACUGCAUGUGUGGAUGUAAUAAAAUCUUGUAUAAAAACAUUAAAGGUCUUAAUAUAAGGCUGUUGGUUGAGCACAGUUGUGAGUUUGUGUGAAGUGUUAAUUCAGAGUGUAAGAAUACCUCAAUAAAAGAUGAUGUCCAGAAGACUUGA